AGUCCUUCGACGCAACACAUUGGAGAAGCGACAACACCACAACCGUCGCCAUGCCUACCCGAACUUCGAAGACCCGCAAGCACCGCGGUAACGUCUCCCAUGGAAAGGGUCGUGUAGGAAAGCACCGCAAGCACCCCGGUGGUCGUGGUCUGGCCGGUGGUCAGCACCACCACCGAACCAACAUGGACAAGUACCACCCCGGUUACUUCGGUAAGGUUGGUAUGCGAUACUUCCACAAGCAGCAGAACCACUUCUGGAAGCCCAUCAUCAACCUCGACAAGCUGUGGUCACUCGUCCCCGUCGAGACCCGUGAGGCCUACGUCUCCGGUGAGAAGAAGGACACCGUCCCCGUUCUCGACCUUCUCCCUCUGGGCUACUCCAAGCUGCUUGGCAAGGGCCGCAUUCCCGAAAUCCCUCUGGUUGUCCGCGCACGAUGGGUCAGCAAGCUCGCUGAGGAGAAGAUCAAGAAGGCUGGUGGUGUUAUCGAGCUGGUGGCGUAAAUGCAUUACACUAUGCUGGAGUAAGGCUUGUGGAUUUGGAACCGGUUUUUCACGGUGGAAAAUAGAUCCUCGCCCCUGUAUACCGAGACAAGGUCUUUUGGGGAGGGAUUGGGUUGGUCGGCUACGAGCAUUGCAUCAGGGACUCUAUAACGGAGUUUUUUAACGAAUGAAAAAUCAAAAUUCGCCCAAUGUCUCGACACUCGGCCUCUGUGCAAAACGAGAUAGAACUGGUGUUGGCAUUAUGAUGUCGUUUGAGGGAUGAUAUCACAGUGCAUGCAUAUGUUGGAGGGAAAGGGGGGGUAUACAACUAUGAAUCUGGAUUCCAGAUUCAGCCAUUGUCUAGCUCGCAGAGUUGAUGUAGUAAUGCUCCAAAACGCCGUUAACAGU